AUAUAAAUAAGAGACAAGGCAACUAUUACUUUAGUUCCGACAUUUCGCUGGUUCAAAGAACAGAAUGAAAUUGGUCUUCAGUCUGAUAAUAUGCCUGGAGUUAAUACUGCUGGUUACGGCCUUAAGUGCCAAGCGACGAUGUGUUGUACCAAGUCCCACGACCGUAACACCCACAACGGAAAAAACGGAUAAGCCAACGACUGAAAGCCCGCCAACGAUACCCACAGACCCAACAAGCCCAACUGAUUCUCCACACCCAACCGAUUCUCCAAACCCAACGGAUUCCCCCAAUCCAACUGACACUCCUCCUAGUCCAACGGAUUCUCCAAACCCCACAGAUUCUCCUCCAAGUCCAACCGAUUCUCCAAACCCAACAGACUCUCCCAACCCAACUGAUUCGCCUCCAAGCCCUACCGAUUCCCCAAACACAACGGAUUCUCCAAACCCGACGGAUUCUCCAAACCCGACGGAUUCUCCAAGCCCGACGAAUUCUCCAAACCCGACGGAUUCCCCUAACCCAACUGAUUCUCCAAACCCGACGGAUUCCCCCAAUCCAACUGACACGCCUCCUAGUCCAACGGAUUCUCCAAACCCCACAGAUUCUCCUCCAAGUCCAACCGAUUCUCCAAACCCAACAGACUCUCCCAACCCAACUUAUUCGCCUCCAAGCCCAACUGAUUCUCCAAACACAACGGAUUCUCCAAACCCAACGGAUUCCCCUAACCCAACUGAUUCUCCUCCAAGUCCAACGGAUUCGCCAAACCCAACAGAUUCUCCUCCAAGUCCUACCGAUUCUCCAAACCCAACAGACUCUCCCAACCCAACUAAUUCGCCUCCAAGCCCAACCGAUUCCCCAAGCACAACGGAUUAUCCAAACCCGACGGAUUCCCCUAACUCAACUGAUUCUCCAAACUCAACGAAUUCCCCAAACCCAACUGAUUCUCCUCCAAGUCCAACGGAUUCGCCAAACCCAACUGAUUCUCCUCCAAGUCCAACGGAUUCUCCAAACCCCACAGAUUCUCCUCCAAGUCCAACCGAUUCUCCAAACCCAACUGAUUCUCCCCCAAGCCCAACAGAUUCUCCAAUCUCGACGGAUUCCCCAAACCCAUCUGAUUCUCCAAACACAACAGAUUCCCCAAACACAACAGAUUCCCCAAACCCAACUGAUUCUCCUCCAAGUCCAACCGAUUCUCCAAACCCCACAGAUUCUCCUCCAAAUCCUACGGAUUCUACAAACCCUACGGAUACUCCAAACCCGACGGAUUCUUCGAAUCCAACUGGCUCUACUUCAAGUCCCACAGAUUCUCCAAGUCCAACAGAUUCUCCUCCAAGCCCAACUGAUGCUCCUAACCCAACUGAUUCUCCUCCAAGUCCUACGGAUUCUACAAGCCCUACAGAUUCUUCAAGCUCGACGGAUUCCCCCAACCCAACUGACUCUACUUCAAAUCCAACCGAUUCUCCUCCAAGUCCAACGGAUUCUCCAACCCCCACAGAUUCUCCAAACCCAACGGACUCUCCCAGCCCAACAGAUUCUCCAAGCCCAACGGACUCUCCCAGCCCAACGAAUUAUCCAAGCCCAACGAAUUCUCCAAGCCCAACUGAUUCUCCAAGUCCAACGGACUCUCCCAGCCCAACGAAUUCUCCAAGCCCAACUGAUUCUCCAAGUCCAACGGACUCUCCUAGCCCAACGAAUUCUCCAAGCCCAACUGAUUCUCCAAAUCCAACGGACUCUCCUAGCCCAACGAAUUCUCCAAGCCCAACUGAUUCUCCAAGUCCAACGGACUCUCCCAGCCCAACUGAUUCUCCAAGCCCAACGGACUCACCCAGCUCAACUGAUUCCCCUUCAAAUCCUACCGAAUCUCCAGUGAACAGUGAUGUCACUACGGGAACAACUCUUUCCACAACAUCAACUACGGAAGUUUACGUUGAUGCAGACACUAUGUGCAAGAACCAUCCUGGCGUGGAGUAUUUGCCCUAUCCCUAUGAUUGUCGUCAGUUCAUCAACUGCGAAGAUGAGAAGGGUUAUAUAAAAACUUGUCCAUCAGAUCUCCUUUGGGAUUCUAAGAACAAUAGUUGUGGCACUACUUGUGCCUGAAGAAUUCCGAAUUGAACUAAGGCCAGGAAUUAAUUUAAAGUUUGUUGUUAUUAAAAGCUUGGUUGAGCGAAAAAUAAAAAAAAAAUGUUGCAUACCAUAAUAUUGUACUUUAUACUUCUAGGGAAAGAUUCUAUAUUUUAUUACAAAACUUAAAAACAAUAA